UCAGUGUCUAGGGUUGUUCCUGGCCCCAACCCUCACGUGUCAGGCCCUGGUUGCUGUGUUGGGCUGCGCAGACUGUGUUGGCGAGACGCUGCCUGCGGAGUCCUCAGUUGGACCGCGGGAAGCUGCAGGAUUCAGGGGACAACAUGCCAACUGCCAAGCAGCUAGCUGACAUUGGCUACAAGACCUUCUCUACCUCCAUGAUGCUCCUCACUGUGUAUGGGGGCUACCUCUGCAGUGUCCGAGCCUACCGCUAUUUCCAGCGGCGCAGCUCCCAGCGCCAGGCCGCAGAAGAACAGAAGACCUCAGGAGACCUGUAGAACCUAGGGGGCUUUGUUUCUUGUCCGGAGAGACCUGAGGCAUGUUGUGGAAAGAGCUCACCUACAAUCUUAUCUAAAGUCAAGAGAACCAGGACCCUGGGUUUUCAAACCCUGCUGGGAAUAAGUGCCCAUGUUUUCUCUGGAACUGUCAGUUUGGGGACGCUGUCAUAUCAUAACAGGAAUUGGGGGAGGGUGAGGCACACCUACACACAUUAAAUAUUUUGC